CAUUUUCCUUUUCUUCAACAUUCUUUUCUUUCUGGCUGGAUCCAGUUUGUUUCGUUUGCUGUCAUCUUCAUCUUGAACGCUAUGGGUGAAACUUGGUUUCAAAAAGAGUUCCUCGCUCCCAGGAGGCUUGCCUUCAAUGUCAUCUUCUACGGUCUUCAAGUGGGCUUCUUUUCGUUGGGUUGGUACCUACAGGCAACUGAUGCGAAGCUGUCCGCACUCAAUGCCUUAACGUGGUCGGUAUGGACUUCUCGAGGAGCCGGUCUUACACUCGCUUUCAAUGCUGGGUUACUCCUUCUUCCCAUGCUGCGUAAUGUCAUCCGUGUCGUUCGACCAAAGUUAGCCUGGCUUUUCCCUGCCGAUGAAAACAUUUGGUUCCACAGACAGGUGGCCUAUUCGCUAGCAUUUUGGUCCAUGGUUCAUACUUCGGCUCACUACGUCAACUUUUUUAACGUCGAGCGUACUCAGGUCCGCGUUGAAGAUGCUCUUGAUAUUCACUACAAGCAAGCUGGCGCAAUCACAGGCCACUUCAUGCUUCUCAUCAUGGUCCUGAUAUACACCACCGCGCAUCACAAAAUUCGUAACCAGUGCUUUGAAGCGUUCUGGUACACCCAUCAUCUGGCCUUUUUCUUCUUCAUCGGUUUAUUCACACACGCUGACGGCUGUUUUGUCCGUGACUCUACCAACCCCGAUUAUAUCAGCAGCUUCCCAUUCUAUUCAACGGAACAUUGCCUUGGAUACGAAAGUUGGCGAUUCACAAUAUGGCCGUUCAUCUUGUAUUUCGGGGAACGGGUAUACAGGGAGUACCGGGCUAGACGAUCGACUAAACUGUCUAAGGUCCUUGUUCACCCGAGUGGUGCGAUGGAGCUUCGAAUUGUCAAGCCCAGUUUCAAAUACACUCCUGGUCAAUGGUUGUUUAUCCAAGUCCCCGAGAUAUCCCGUUGGCAAUGGCACCCUUUCACCAUCACUUCUGCUCCUGAAGACCCUUACGUUUCGGUUCAUAUCCGUCAGGUUGGCGACUGGACUCACGCUCUGGGUGAACGUGUUGGAUGUGGCCCUUCUGCCGUUGCUGCCAUGACGAAAGCCGCUAUGAAAGGAUACGAAAAAGAAGAUGACGCCUACGGUACUCGUGGUGAAUUCGUGGAACUGGACCCUGGGAAUCUGUCUCUCACACUACCCUCGGUGAGAAUCGACGGUCCUUAUGGUGCCCCUGCGGAAGAUGUCUUCGAUAAUGAAGUUGCUGUCUUGGUGGGUGCUGGUAUUGGUGUCACUCCCUUCGCCUCUAUUCUCAAGCACAUAUGGUACCGCCAGAAGAGAGGCAAUAUGGGCGCUUUACGUCGUGUCGAAUUUUUCUGGGUAUGCCGUGAUGCCCCAUCCUUCGGAUGGUUCCAAACUCUGUUGCAAGAAGUUGAAGCUGCUCAAGUUGACCCCAACUUCCUUCGCAUCAACAUCUACCUGACGCAGAAGAUCGGUGAAGACAUGCUAUGGAACAUUGCUGUUAACGAUGCUGGUGCCGAAUACGAUCCUCUCACGCUCCUUCGUACUCGUACUAUGUUCGGCCGACCUGACUGGAAGAGCAUCUACGGUAGAAUUGCCCAGGCUAUUCAGACCGGCAGAUACAUCCACGGUAGUAAUGCUCAGCUGAAGACCAAAGUCGGGACUUAUUUCUGUGGACCCGGUGUCCUCGCCAAGGCUAUCAAAGAGGCAACUCUUGAACACACUUCUGCCAAUGUCGAGUUCACAUUUGCCAAGGAACAUUUCUAGUUGUUGCGGAAGUGAAAGUAUAUUGGGGGUAUUUACCUGGAGGGAAGCGCUGGAUGUUAGGUCGCGUGCUUUGAUAGCGCCGCUUCAUUGUAAGAGUAGAAUAUCGACUGUGUGUCUCGCUACCGUGUAGGAUGAAACCGUUGUCCUGUUUGUUAGAGUAGAGAUCCUUGCAUGAUGCUAAUAUAGAAGCUGGGCUUUGCAGCAGAGU